GGGUGAUGAUACGUCCCCAUCCCCAGUGGCUCAACGGAGUGAUUGUUCCAAGGAAUUUUCGCUUGCUUGAAGAAUUGGAACAGGGUCAGAAAGGUGUUGGAGAUGGUACAAUAAGCUGGGGAUUAGAAGAUGACAGUGAUAUGACCCUUACACAUUGGACAGGCAUGAUAAUAGGUCCACCUAGAACACCAUAUGAAAAUAGGAUUUACAGUUUAAAGCUAGAAUGUGGCUCACAGUAUCCAGAAGAACCUCCCAUAUGUAGGUUUCUAACAAAAAUAAAAAUGAAUGGAGUUAGUGAAAGUACUGGUCUGACCAGAUUUUUACCAAAGGUUGAGAAAAAAUCUAUUACUGUGCUCAGUCGUUGGCAGAGAACUUGUUCAAUUAAGACGGUUCUUCAAGAGCUUCGUAGAGCUAUGACAUUGAAAGAAAAUCAAAGACUCAGUCAACCACCAGAGGGCUGUACUUUUUAGAAAGAAUAAACUUUUUGAAAUUCAGUUAUAAUUAGCACUUUGUUGUCCCCAUGCUGCUCUAAACAAAGGGAUAUAUAUACAGAAUCAGGACAUUUUGUAAUAAAGGCUUUGUUUUUUAUCAGUUUAAAUUGUGGACCAGCUUUGAUUCAUUAAUCCAUUAUUUUAUUUUUUAAUUGUGUUCAUAAUUUGAGUUCGAACUAAAAUUUUUACCCAAAGGUUUUACAACAACAUAGAAGAUACAGGCUACAGCAUCUUUUUGGACAAAAUUUUAUGAAGAUGUGAGCUGCUUACUUUUGAAAUUAAGAUCUAUUAAUGUUUUCCAUGGCAGCAGCCUGUCAGAUCUGAGAAAUCAUCAUUUAUAUGACAGAAAACUAUUCUUACUUUUUUCAUAUUUUGCUGUUUUAAUAAAAUUGUUCUAGUGGCAUACUAUUAAAAAGACCAAUGCUUGCUUACUCUCUAUCAAUUUUAUUGUUAACUGUGUUUUAUCUCUCUAUUCAUUUAUUCUGAAACUUAAUUCUUUCAUUAUGAUAGGAAAAACUCUUGAUUAAUUAAACAUUUUAAGUAACCAUGAUAAAUAUACACAGUUUUUCUCCAUCUUUGUUGGUAAGCUUUAAUAUUUAUUUCUUCCAUUGCAAAUAUAAUGGAGAAAUGAGUAUUGGGCAUAUUCAUUAGCUUAUUGCUCAAUUGAUAAAUUAUCAUCAUUUUUCAAAUUGCUCCUUGUCCGUUUUUAGAAACUAGGAAUUUCGGUGAGAAAAAAAAAGUUACUUUUUAAGCAAAAAAUGUGAAAUUUAUGUGAAUUAUUAAGAGCUUCUUCAGUAACAGAUAAAAAUGUGUAUUUAUUUGUAGUUAAAAUAUUAUAUCAGCUGUGUAAAAAGUAUUCCAUUAAAAGUUUCUAUAUUGUGGUUGUUAAAAGUUGUCAUAAGAAAGCUUAUCAUUGUGUACUUGAGACAGCUAUUAUAUGUUAAUAAAAGUCUUACUCUUUAAAUAAUCUA